AAUGAAGAAGUAGAGAGGUUUUAUGCAGAAUUCCAUGAUAGAGUAAUUAUGCAAUGGCGCUUCAAGUUCAACCAAUUCCACUGAAUUCUUCUUCUUCGACGCUGUGUCGUUCCUCUUCUCUGCAUUUUCUGCUAUUCCAACCCCGAAGCUUCCCCACUCUCAAAUUCAGACUUGUAUUUUGUUCGAACGAGACAGCGCAAGUUGAGACUGAACAGCAAGUGAAGGUGGCAAAGAGCAAAAAGAAGAACAGCGCCAGACCAAGCUUCUUCCAUCAAAUUCAAGACAAAUGGUCCCACAAAUUGGGCUCCCAAAGAGAAAAGUUCCCAUGGCAACUACCCGAGCACCAGGAGGAACAACGACAACCACAGCAAGAAGAAGAAAAGCGUGGAAAGUUCCAGAAUAAGCCUUCACCAUCGAGUUUUCAGUUUCCGAAGCGGUUUUCUCCUUGGCCGCAGGCAAUGAACCCGAGCAAUGCGAAUUUCGGUUCUGUAUUGGGUGAUGAUUCCGAGGAGGAGGAGAAUGACGGUGUCAAAGGUAAAGCGUUGCGACGCAACAUUGGUGGUUCUGUUGGAAAGGGAAUAAGGGUGAGUGAGGUUUCGAAGGAACGGGGAAGAGAGAGAGUGGAGAGGAAAAAGAGAAGAAACAAGACGGAGUUAGCGGAGAGGGUGAUUCCUGAACACGAGUUGCGGAGGCUGAGAAAGAUUGCGUUGAGGACGAUGGAGAGGUUCGAAGUUGGAGUGAAGGGCGUCACGCAGGAAUUGGUGGCUUCGGUUCACCAGAAUUGGAGGACUAGUGAAGUUGUCAAGUUCAAGUUUGGUGUUCCUCUUUCUGCUCACAUGAAGAAGGCUCAUCACAUUCUAGAGAGUAAAACUGGAGGCAUAGUUAUAUGGCGAUCAGGCAGUUCCAUCGUGUUGUACCGGGGGAUGACCUACAAGCUUCCCUGCGUAGAAUUGUAUAAGAAAAUGAAUCAUGCUGAGGAGAAUGCUGUGCACCACUCGCUGCAUGUUGGAAGUGGAAGUGAUGGUGAAGCAAGUAUCAAAGAAACAGUUGGAACUACAGAGUCAUUUAUCCAAGACUCUGCAGAGUAUUUGAAGGACAUGAGUGAAGACGAAUUGAUGGAAUUGUGUGACCUCAAUCAUUUGUUAGAUGAGUUGGGCCCACGCUUCAAUGAUUGGACAGGCCGUCAGCCGUUGCCUGUUGAUGCAGACUUGUUGCCUGCUGUGGUUCCAGGAUAUAAAACUCCAUUCAGAGUUCUUCCGUAUGGGCUAAGGCCUUGUUUAACCAACAAGGAAAUGACUAACUUCCGUAGGCUUGCAAGAACAACAGCUCCACACUUUGCCCUUGGCAGAAACAGAGAAUUGCAAGGUCUGGCUAGGGCUAUGGUGAAGCUGUGGGAAAAAAGUGCUAUUGCAAAAAUUGCCAUCAAACGAGGUGUUCCCAAUACAUGUAAUGACAGGAUGGCUGAAGAACUUAGGAAAUUGACCGGGGGAACUCUACUUUCUAGAAAUAAAGAAUUUAUUGUAUUUUACAGGGGCAAUGACUUCAUGCCUCCUGUUGUCACUGAUACACUGAAUGAGAGACAGAAACUAACCUUCCUCCAACAAGAAGAGGAAGAGAAAGCACGGCAAGUUGCUUCAUCUAUUACUGUAUCAAAUAGCAAAGCAUCUCAAGUGCCAGUAUUUGCUGGCACCCUUGCUGAGACUAGGGCAGCAACUACCAACUGGGGACACCAACCAAGUAAACAAGAUAUUGAGAACAUGAUGAGAGAUUGUGCCAUGAAUAAACUUUCUGCUUUAAUUAAAAACCAUGAGAAGAAACUAGCUCUAGCAAAAGCAAAGCUCAGAAAGGCAGAGAAGGCUUUAGCAAAAGUUCGGCAAAAUAUGGACCCAUCUGACAUUCCUACUGAUUUGGAAACAUUAACUAAUGAAGAGAGAUUUUUAUUUAGGAAGAUUGGCCUGAGUAUGAAGCCAUGCUUACUUCUAGGGAGGCGAGAUGUUUAUGCUGGCACCAUAGAAAACAUGCAUCUACACUGGAAAUAUCGUGAGUUGGUAAAGCUAAUUGUAAAAGGGAGAAAUUCUUCUCAAAUCAAGCAUAUGGCAAUAUCCUUGGAAGCCGAGAGUGGUGGGUUGCUAGUGUCUGUAGAUAAGGACAACAGAGGCCACCAUAUAAUUAUUCUUUAUCGUGGGAAGAACUAUUUUAGUCCGCAUGUUCUGAGACCCAAAAACCUGUUGACACGAAGACAGGCAUUGGCUCAAUCUGUUGAGCUUCAAAGACGAGGGGCACUAAAACAUCAUAUCUCAGACUUAGAGGAGAGAAUUGAGUUGCUGAAAUCUGAGCUGGAGGAUAUGAAGAAGGGAAAGGAGAUUGAUGGUAGCGGAACUCUGUACUCAACAGUGGAUAAUCCUGUUUCUUCUGAUGAUGAUUUGGAAGAGAUUGAAUGGAGUGAGAUUUAUUUUGAUGAAGAUGACAGUGAUGAUGAGGAUAAGAAACGUCAAACUACUUGACUAGGUACAUUAGCACUGCAUUGCAAUAGUUGUGGAGGAUGAGCAUAAUGUGUGACUAAGAUGAAGAAAAGUGUGAAGCACUUGAGAUUAAGCUACUGAUCAUUGAAAGAUGAUAGCGCAAAGCCACAAACACUUGAGCCAUGCUUGUGAUGCAUCAUGCAGUAAAAUAUUUCAAGAUAGUAAAUGGGCAGAGAUUUUCAUUGUUCUUCCCAUGUGAGCACCAUUUGUGAUAGGGGAAUUCUAUCUUACCUCGAAGUGGUAGGCUACCAAUAACAUGUGAAAUGGGUAAUUCAGUUGUAUGAAUUUCAAUGCACGAGUUUGACAAAUGAUUAAUUCAGUUGGAUAAAUGGUUAAUAAUAUCCCUUGCCAUUAGGGUAGUACGAUCUUCAUCAUACCAUCAGAUUUGUUGUUAGAACUUCAGUGCUAGAACUGUUGUUAGAACUGGUUAAUACAAAAUAUGUAUAUUUUGUUUAGGAGGGGUCAGUGUAUUAUAUUUUAACCUCCAUCCGUAACUGUUAAUCACUUUGGGUAGGAUUACGACAUUUUUUGUUCUUUGCAUUAUUCUCUUCGUGUAUCAAACUUGUGUAAGUGAGAUAAGAACUAAUGUUUGAUUACAUGGUUGAUCCUGA